GGGAUCGGCUUUCUCUGCUAGUUCCCACCCUAGGACUUCUUAGCCCCUGGAAGGCGAGAGAGAGAGAGGCUCAGGGGAGUUCUUGGAGUGGGGCGUAGAGGGAGCCACUGGUGGGGCCCUUCCUAGGGUCCUUUUCCCUUCGUGGGGUGCUAUGGAGUUCCCAGAACACAGCCAGCAGCUGUUGCAGAGCCUGCGAGAGCAGCGGUCCCAGGGUUUCCUCUGUGACUGCACCGUAAUGGUGGGUAGCACCCAGUUCCUGGCCCAUCGGGCUGUGCUGGCCUCCUGCAGCCCGUUCUUCCAGCUUUUCUACAAAGAGCGGGAGCUGGACAAGAGGGAUCUGGUGUGCAUCCACAAUGAGAUUGUCACGGCCCCAGCGUUUGGGCUGCUUCUGGACUUCAUGUAUGCUGGCCAGCUGGUCCUGAGGGGGGAUACCCCUGUGGAGGAUGUGCUGGCGGCUGCCAGCUACUUGCACAUGAAUGACAUCGUUAAAGUGUGUAAGCGGCGGCUGCAAGCCCGGGCCCUGGCUGAGGCAGACAGUACCAAGAAGGAGGAGGAAACCAACUCACAGCCCCCUAGUUUGGAGUUUUUGCCCUCUUCCCGUGGCCCCCAGCCUUCGUUGGCAUCUGCCGAGACAUCAGGCCACUGGGGCAAAGGGGAAUGGAAAGGCCCUGCAGCUCCCUCACCGACAGUCUGUCCUCCAGAUGAGCCACCAAUGCCCGGGGGGGCUGACACGACCCAGCCUGGCGUGGAGGUCGACUCCCCACAUCUCCGGGCACCUCCUGCACCAGUGGCUGAUGUCUCCCUCGCCAGCCCCAGUAGCUCCACAGAGACUAUUCCUGCAAACUACUUGUCUUCAGGCCUUCCAACAGUUUCGGCAGAGCCUCUGGCUCCCCUUGAUGUGGGUACUGAGAGUCUGAGGAUGGUGGAACCAAGGGGUGCUGGGGGAACACUGCAAGGCUUCUAUCCUCCUGCUCCAGCAGCUGCCCUGGUCCCAGUCCCGGUUCCAUCGCAGGCUCCAGCGCCCGCGGAAGCUGAGCUGGUCCAGGUGAAAGUAGAAGCUAUUGUGAUUUCUGACGAGGAGCCCGAUGUGUCCGAGGAACAGCGUCAGGGGCCCGAGGGACUGUUCCCGCCCGGGGGAGCAAUGUAUGGUGGACAGCCCCCUCAGCCAGAGGCUUUUGAGGAGCCACGAGCAGCCGGACUGGAGGAGGUGGGACCAAGUGACCACUUCCUGCCCCCAGAUCCUCACCUACCCUACCAUUUGCUGCCAGGGCCAGGGCAGUAUCCCCGAGGACUGGUGACAUCGCCCUUGCCUGCGCCCGCGGCCCUGCAUGAGCCACUUUACCUGCCUUCUGAGUAUGAAGCAACCCCGGGAAGUUUUGGGGUUUUUACCGAGGACGUGCCCACUUGCAAGACAUGUGGGAAGACCUUCUCAUGUUCUUACACACUAAGGCGACACGCCACGGUGCACACACGCGAGCGACCCUACGAGUGCCGCUACUGUCUGCGCAGCUACACCCAGUCAGGGGACCUCUACCGACACAUCCGCAAGGCUCACAAUGAGGACCUGGCCAAACGCAGCAAGCCGGAUCCAGAGGCUGGCCCCCUCCUAGGAGUGCAGCCCCUCCACGGGUCCCCGACAGCAGACAAGCAGAACGGCGGUGGCGGUGGCGGGGGGCCACCUAAAGAUUUUGUACUCGGCCCCAAAAACUGACACCUGCGGGAGCAUCAUGAGCCGAUGCUAGGCCUGCUCUUGCCAUCAUUAGGGGGCAGCAGAGACUGGAAGCUUUUUCUUUUCCCCUGCUGUGGGAACAGAAUGAACCCCUUGGCAGGCGGGAGAUUUCCCACCGGUUUUUCUUUACCCAGCCAGACAGCAGGACUUUUCUGGAGCGGGUGCAUCUCGGUCAGCUCCUCUCCAAGGGCUCUGGGAAUUUUUCUGAGCUGUAAUUGCUUCCCACCCUGCCUUCUGGACCAUAA